CAUGUUGCAGCCUAUAUUAUAACAACCAAUUAAAGUCAACUAUUUUCUGUGGUGUGAGCUCAUUUGCUGAAUUCAACAAUUGUGAGCAAAUGGAACUGUGGCAGGAAAUGGCCGCUGACCAAAGGUUUGGUCUUGCCUAAUUCAGACCUAUUGUUGUUUGCACUUUGUGUCAGCUGGCUUGUAGAUCCACAGGGAGAUUUGUUUCAAUGCUACGGGAUCCCUGUAUGACAGAGAAACCUUCUUCAUGUUUUUGACAGUGAAAAAUGGACAAAGAAUCUGGACUGAUUCUGUUCCUGGUGCUGCUUCUCUGUCACAAAGGCAACACACAGUCACACAACUCUUGUCCAGACACUUGCCAGUGUUUUACUUCAGUCCAAAUACUGUGUGCUGAUGAACGGAUGUCAUCUUUACCCAUGAACACAUCCAGACAGGUCAAGGACUUUAUUUUAAUUAAAUCAGCCGUGGCGUACCUGUUCCCCCGCACUUUAGAGGGGAGCCCUCAACUGGCCAAGCUUAUCUUUCUAAAUAAUGCACUGCGAAGUGUUAAUUCUCAGGCUUUUGAGCAUCUGACUGAGCUGCAGGAGUUGGAAAUCAGUGGGAACCCCUGGCUGGAACAUUUAUAUUUGGGGACUUUUUCAAAGCAGGAAAACUUAACUAAACUGCUGCUUAACUUCAACAGUUUUAAGACUGUACUUCCUGGCAUGUUUGACUCUCUCAAACAUCUUGAGACACUACAGAUGAAGGGCAACGUCAUAUCAGAUCUGCCCCCAUUUCUUCUGCUGAAUCUCCACAAUCUACGUGUCUUGGAUUUGUCCCAAAAUAAGCUUGAAGACGUAAAAAGAGAAACCUUUUCUGGUCCGACAAGACUGGAGAUCCUGAAAAUGAACAACAACCUCAUCCGCAAUCUUACAUCUGACACGUUCCACAAUAUUUCUCAGCUCAUAGAGCUUCACUUGGAGGGUAAUAAGAUAUCAAAACUCCUUGACAAUACCUUCUUUGUGUUACCCGAACUAAAGGUGCUGAACCUCCGUGGAAACCUUCUCACAACCUUCAGCGAUAAAGUGUUUGGAUUUGAAGCCUCAAAUUUGAAGGAGCUGAACCUAAAGGGCAACAGAUUGACUGAGCUGUCCUCUCUAAGCAGUUUGACGUCUCUCACUGACCUAAUCUUGUGCUCUAACCAGCUCUCUGACCUUCCCGAGGACCUUUUAAGAAAUGUUACAGCCUUGGAGAAUGUGGACCUGUCUGAAAACCAGCUCACGCUGCUGCCCACAAUGAUCUUUAAUGAUCUAUUCAGAAUCAAGGCCGUCCACCUACAUAAGAACAACCUGAGCAAGGUGGAUGCCAAACUGUUUGAGGACCAGGUGCUCAUUCAGCAGCUCUACCUGUCUGACAACCAGCUGGAAACUCUCCCAUUGGGCUUUUUGGACCCUUUUGUCCUCCAGCACACAGUCAGACUGCACGGGAACCCCUGGACGUGUGACUGCCACAUGUGGUACCUGCAUGACUGGGUGUUGAGAAACAGCAGAGACAUAGAGAUGGUUGACAGGAUGCUCUGCGCAAGUCCUAGCUUUUUGAGAAGACGGCCAAUUGUCUCCAUUGACAAGGACCAGCUGGUGUGUCAGGUUUCUAAAGAUGACAUGCCUGAUCUCAGCAGCUGCAGCCUACAAUUGUCAAAUGACACUGUGAUCAUCAAUUGUAAAGUGGAUAAAUGCUCUCCAUUCACUGUGAAGGUACGGUUUCAGGAGGAUGACGGCAACGUCAAGGAGCAUGUUUUAAAAAAUGAGCCUCAACGUUGCAAUGAGACAAUGAUCGUGAUCCCCGAUCAGUAGUUUUUUUCUCUUAAUCAGACUUUGUUCUCUGUGCAAAUACGUUCUCUACAUUUGGUCUUUCUUCAUGCAAAGAGAGUCAUAUUAUAGGUUCUGACUGUCAAAGCCAAUACUGUAAACAAAUCUCCAACUGGGCUGCUGAUAACAAGCAAACAUGCAUGCUUCUGAAUGAUAAGAGGGGUGGAUGAACCCUUUUUUUUGUAAAGUUCAAAGUUCACCCCACUACUUUUUAAGAUCACUGCUAAAAGGAUCAGUGAGUGGCAUGUUAAUUAUCUCUUUACAUGUUGGAUCUCCAGUAGAUGCUUCUGGCUCAUUUGUUUCUGUACACUGGCAUUGUCAAACUGAACAAUCAUCAGGACAACAAUUUAGAGUACUUAGAAAUGUUUGAAUAUGUCCUUCAUAGGCAUAUCAUGUUUUUUUGCAGUUUUAAAGAAGUCUUGCAGCAGCUGCUGGUCUAAAAUGUCAAUAAAGUAUGUUAUUUGCUUCUUCAAAUGAUUAGUUUAAUUAAAACAUUCCCAAUCCUUUAAAAGGCAGGAAACCUAGUCUGUUUGGCAGCGAUGGAGAAAGUAUUCUGCUCUUUCACUUAAAGGGACAGUUCACCACAAAAUCAAAAAUACAUAUUUUCCCUCUUAACUCUAGUUCUACAGUAUUGAUAAGUCUAGAUUGUUUAUGUGUAAGUUGCCCAGUGUUGGAGAUAUCGGCCAUAGAGAUAUCUGUCUUCUCUCCAAUCUAACAGAACUAGAUAGCACUCGGCUUGUGGUGCUCAACGCACCGAAA